AUGACACACCGGCCCUCGCUUCUCUGCCAAAGUACCCCAGAUACUAGCAGCUGCCGUAGCACAGUCGCUUAUGUAACGCCUGUGCCGAAAGAUUUGCCCGACCGCCCUCGCACUUUCAAGCGCCUCGCGGACGAGCGCCACCCCUGCCUCUGCCGCGCGCUGCCUGAAGCCAUCUUCGACCAACUUAGUCGAGAACGCGAAGCAGGCGCCCCCCACCAGUACACCACCACCGAGCUCCGCACCAUCGUUCGGCAUGUCUCCACACUCCCACCGCCUUCCACCGCACUCCCGACCAUCAACUGGAACGCAGUCAAACAGGCUAAGCUCGCUGCACACGACAAUCGCCAGCACUUCCAAGCUCAACGCGAUCAAGCCAACGCUAGACAGAACGCGCACGCCAGUGCUUCUUCCAGCCGACCCCUAGCCGAUUGCCUCACCGCUGCUCCUACCUACACACCCAUCGUCCCGAAACCCGUCACCAUCGACUUUGCUCGAUACUCAGCCGCCGACCUUGCUCGCAUCUUCGUGCCAAAGUUUGCAGCCACCCUCAAACGCUUCAACGUCCUCGAAACGCUCAACUGCCCCGACGUUCUAAUCGACGACAUUAGCGCCGUCUUCAAGCUCUGA